CGUCCAAAGGAGCUUAACUCGAUACCAUUGACUGACUUCCCUGCUUCCGUUCAGAAGAAAAGUUCACGAACCCUAGAGAGACCCCCUAUUACUCCCAAACGCUUGACACUUGCAACAGUAUCACCACAGGCGAUGGAUCGCGAGGAUGCCGGGGUACUAUCCGUUAGUUCUCCAGAGAGUGGUCCUAUGGAGCGCCAGCCGAUACCAUUGUCUGACUUCCCUGCUUUCGUUCAGAAGAACAGGCAUUCCACUUUCUUUCAAGAGGAAUUCAAUGACUUGCCGGAAGCAAAUAUCUAUCCGCAAACCGUUGCCAAGAAGCAAAUAAACUUCGAGAAGAACAGAUACAAGAACAUCCUGCCAUAUGACUCCUCGAGGGUACAACUGGCGAUACUCAAUGAUGACCCAGAUUCGGAUUACUUCAACGCAUCUUUCAUUCCUAGCUUCCAACAUCCUCGGAGGUACAUUGCAUCACAAGGACCGAACAAGGCCUCUAUGGAUGAUUUCUGGAGGAUGAUCUGGCAGGAGAAUGUGGCGACUAUUGCCAUGGUUACAAACCUUAGCGAAGGAAACAAGAUCAAGUGUCGUCAGUACUGGCCGGAAACGAGCACAACUCCUCUUCUGUUCGGUGACAUUACCGUGGAGUUGGAAUCUGUGGAGAAGUGCAGUGGCGGAUCAAAGCGAUCAUUUGUCCUGCGAAAGGGCAAAGCAAAGACUCAGAGAUUUCUCAAUCAGUUCCACUACACCAAAUGGCCUGAUCGAGAUGUUCCAAGGAACAUGUCCUCUCUGCUUGACUUCAUCUCUGAGGUGAGGAAGGAUCAUGAACAGAACAACUCUCCAUUGCUCAUUCACUGCAGCGCUGGUGUUGGGAGAACAGGUGUGUUGAUAACCAUUGACAGCGUAGUCAGUGAAGCCAAGAGAAACAAGCUAGUGGAUAUCUUCGGUUUCGUGUCGAAGAUCAGGCAGAGUCGACCCAACAUGGUGCAGACAAAGGAGCAGUACAAGUUUGUUUACGAGGCUGUUCUUGAAUAUCUACUUUCGGAGAAUACGGCUAUCCCGGUCAACUAUUUCACGUCUCGUUUGGCAAGGCUUCAGGAUAUUGAUCGCAACAGUAAAGGAAGGCGAACAGGAAUGUCUGUCCAGUUUGAGAGCAUCAAGAUCCUGUGCCCCGACCCUCCUGCAAGUAUGAUCAGAAAUGGAACCACUGCAGAGAAUAAACCUAAGAGUCGAUACGGCAACAGUCUUCCAAGCCGAGUGAAUCGAGUAAUGCUGCGCUCAGUUAACACUCAGUCUUCAGAUUUCAUCAAUGCUAGCUUCGUGAGAGGCAAUCAUGGUCGGUUCAUAACCACUGAGAUGCCUAUGCCUAACACCGUAGCUGAUUUCUGGGUAAUGAUACUUGACUACCAACCAACGGCUAUCAUCAUGCUGAAUGAUGAUAAUCAACGAGACAAGAGCUGUGCACGGUACUGGUUCGACAAUGGGAUGGCGACCUUUGGAUAUCUCUCUGUCUUAACAUUGGCGACUACCCAAAGAGAAGGCUUCGUCCAAAGGACGUUGGAAGUUUCUAGGGGAGAUAAGGUUCGUCAUGUUGUAGAGCAGUACCAGUUUCUAGAUUGGCCAGUCGAUGUGAUCAAACAGAAGAAGAGCGCACGAUCUCUUCUAAAGCUCAUAGAGGAAAUGAGGGAGGUCUACUCUACUCAAAACGAGUCGCCACUCGUAGUGCAUUGCUUGAAUGGAGUAGGUCGCACCGCAGUGUUCUGUACUGUUCUUGAGUGCAUCUCUCAGAUACUUGACGAGGAUGAUGUCAAUGUCUUCCAAACGGUCAAGAUGAUGCGGAAUGAUAGGAUGCACUUCGUUCAAACCGAGGAGGAGUAUGCAUUAAUCCAUAUGCUGAUCAAUGGGUAUAUACAAACCAACGAUUACGAGCAGUUGCCUUGCGCUGACAAUGACGAGCAUACAUACGGGAACUUGGAUUGCGCUGCACGCCCUGCCGCCGUAGAGAGCGUGUAUGAGUUAACCGAGAUCGAAGCUGGCGCCACCGCGUGUCCAUCGCAAACACACACAGAGGAAAGAAAUGCGAGUGAAGAUGGGGGAACACAACAUGUACAGGCUAAGACAACAGAUGGGGAAACCCUCUAUGAAAACUUUGCGUAUGAACUUUAGGAAGUGGACUUACUACCAGAAUUAUCUUCUUAUUAUACUUGGUAAAAGUAUAACAUUCAUAGGGUAUGUCCUACUCUCUAAGUGAUAUUAUAAAAUAUACACAUUCAGUAAUUAGGGUGCAAGGUUGGAUACACAAAAACAAGGAGAUUUGUCCAAUGGUGUAUUUCUUAUUCAUUCACUUAUUCAGAUAUAUUUAAUCAGGAUUACAAGAUCACCUGGAAAUGAAAAUAUCUGUCCUCGAAUAAAAAACAUGACAAAAUAAACAUGAAAACAAAUAUGAAAUCAAAACAAUCGUGAAAAUAAAAAAAAAGGAAAAAAGAAAAUGAAAUAAGGUAUAGUUUGAUCAGUAAUGUACAGACCUGUUUUAGUAUUAACGUUUACGGCAAAGGCAUAAAUCAUGUAGCGUCAAUAAUGUAAUCUUACUAAUAAAAUCUUUAUGUGGCUAGCUUCAUUUUGUUUCCACUUUCCCCCCCAAAUUAUAAUAUUCAAGAAUAAAUAAUGCCACUUUUUGUCUUAAUCUUUGGUUCUGCAUGUGAAUGGAUCUGAAAUGACAAAACGUGUAGACCAGGUGCAUGUAGGCUUGUAUUGUCUAGGAAUGAAAUAUUGAAUGAUAAUGGUGAGAAUGAAUCGGAAACAAUGAAUCAUUUCAUUUCAAAAUCAAGUGGAUAAUGAUGACUGUUAGUUAUUUGGUAGAUUGUUGAGGUAAUUUGGCAGGUCACAGUUAUUCCAUUAUAAUGGGACAUAAUCUAGACAAUCAAAAUAAUGUAGAGCUGUGUGCGCAUGAUUGAAAUCAAUUAUUAAACAUAUAGAAAUAAUUAUGAAAUACAAAUUACAAGAAUAUAUAUCCAUGGACUUUGAGAAGUGCGUCAUAAACUUCAGACGCCAAAUUUCCGACGUUUACACGAAGCUUUUUUUCUUCUUCAUCAAAUCAUGUUGCAGGGUAGGGGUGAUAUCUGCCAUCUGUGUACUGAGUUUUAAUAGUUUAUGAUUAGUGUAAGGUGUAGUACUAGAAGUAGCUACCUCUAGCAAAUAUUAUUAUUUCAAUAUAUUGUUGUACAUUAUAUUACUUACCCAGAAUUCAAUUAAAUGCAAAAUUUACUCGA